AUGAGUGAUGAUAAAGACAUAUUUACUACUACAGGAGUAGAAAUUGUUACUGUCGAGGUCUUCCAAGGACUAUCAAACUCAAAAAGGUGUGCGUUUGAUAUUGGAGGUACACUGGUGAAAUUAAUAUACAAAAUUUCACUAGAAAGUGAGCAUGAUGAAGCAGAAGAAAAUAAGAGAGAGUGCAUCUCUAAGCAGACCUUGAAGGGACAUAUUAGCUGUUGUGAUUAUAAAGAGGAAAUAAAAUAUAAUUUUUAUCAGCAACUUUACAAUAAAUUAGAACCAGAAGAGAUUAACACCAUAAGACGUGGGCAACUAAGUUUACUUUUAGAACCCACCAUUAAAAGAAGUGGAACUCAACUCAUAUUUUGUGUUAUUUGUAGAACAUACAAUCAUGUAGGUUUUCAAUUGGACAAACUAAUUGAGUUUGCAAAAAAACGAAAAUUAAUUGGAGAACAGCCAAAUUCUUAUUAUAUUGCAGCUACUGGAGGUGGUGCAUUCCGUUUUGCUGAAUUUAUAAAUAGCAUAGGGUACGAAGUUAUUCAAUAUGAUGAGAUGCUUAGCAAUAUACAAGGUCUAAUAUGUUUUAUGUCAAAAUGUAUCACUGAGAAAUUUAUACGAGAAAAUAGAAAUCCACUUGUUAAGGAGGAGCAGAUCUUUGAAAUUGAUAAUACUUCAGGAUUUAUAAAAGGUUCAAGUAUUAAAACAAGAAAACUAAAUAUAAUGAAUAAAAGUACAUUGAAUAUAAUGGAAUUUAAAUUGACUACUGAUUAUUCAAAGCAAAGUAAUUUAGAGUCCUAUCAGGAAUUGAACUACCAUGAUUUAAACCAUAGACUUAAACAUGUAUUAAAUUAUUCAAUUAAUGGAAAUAUUUCGAAAAUAAACUAUCCAUUUCUUCUUGUAUGUAUUGGUUCUGGUGUUUCAAUUGUUAAAGUGUUCUCUGAAGAUAAAUUUGAAAGAGUAAGUGGAACUCCUCUAGGAGGAGGAACUGUCUUUGGACUGGCAAGAAUUCUAUGUAACAUCUCCAAUAUUAAUGAACUAAAAAGCCUAUAUAAUAAAGAUACCUGUAACACAGAUGCUAAGAUUAUAAAAGAGCAAAGUAUAUUAUAUUCAAAGAAUAAGUAUACAGAAUUUAGAGGAAAACAUAAAUAUGAUGCAGAGAACUCUAGUGGAAUUACACAAAAUAUAUCUACGAGAUUUAAUCAACACAAGGGGGUUAGAACUACAUUUUUUGGAAACAUGAAAGAUGACUUAGAAAUUAAGAGACAGUUUAAUCGUCGAGAAAUUGCUCAUAAUUUGAUAGAAAUGGCUAAUCAUGAAAUUUGUUAUUUAACAUGCCUUAUGGCAAUGAAGUACCAUAUAUCACAUGUUUAUGCUACAGGAUCUUAUGUGGCUCAAGGUUUCUUUGCAAUUCCGACUUUCAAGAAUGUAAUGACAGAUUUGAAGUUGGAGAAUAUAAAUCUUUAUCUCAUACAUAUGAAUGGAUUUCUUGGCUCACUUGGUGCUUUAAUAUAA